ACCCCCCCUCUCGUGCUGCGGGAAUGGUUUAACCCGUUACCCACAGUGAGCGAGACAGGGAGCACAAAGGAAGCGCAUACGCUGGUCGUUUACAAGGGAUAUAAUAUGAAAGCGUGAUGUAAACACGGAAUAAAAACCGCAAGGCAGCAUUUCCAUUUCCCGUCGCACUGGUCCAUUAUCGGCGUUUAAUAUUACCUGAGGUAGCCUACCAACCGGCUAGCAACAACGCGUCUGUCUGGACACCGAAAGGCAGGCAUUAAGUGUGAAAUUGAAGCCAAGAGGAGUUGAGCAUUGUUUCAUCAUCGCGUUAGGCUUUUCUGGAGUUGCUAGCUGUUUUUGUUUUUUGACCGAGCACGGUUAACUGAAAUCACGAUGUCGGGGGUUUCAACCAAACAAAUGGAGAGUCUCCUCUUCUUUUUUUAAAAACAGUUUUUUUUUUUCUCUUUUUGGACUUGGGAAUAACAAACGAAACACGCUAAUAUGUUGCAUUUCUGAGGUAGACAGGUCUCGAUGGGUGAGGCCCACUGAUCCAGUCAUCCCCUUCACAUCCCCCUCCACCCCUCCCCCCUGCCCUCCUUUGUUCCCCUAAACUCCAACCCACUUCACUUCAGUCACCAUGACUUCCACCAGCCACCUGCUGGGUUUGGCUGAGGUGGGGCUGAGAUGUGACCAGGAGAUUGAGAGGAGAUACGAGAUUGUUCCCUCAGUUGUCUGCUCCAUGUGCUGCCUCUUUGGAAUCAUCUACUGCUUCUUUGGUUAUCGAUGCUUCAAGGCCGUAUUGUUCCUCACAGGCCUAAUGUUUGGCUCUGUGGUCAUCUUCAUGCUGUGCUACAAGGAGAGGGUGAUGGACACUCAGCUCAGCGUCGAGGCGUCAGUGGGCAUUGGCCUGGGUAUUGGGACCCUGUGUGGCCUUGUGACCAUGUUGGUUCGAAGUGUGGGGCUGUUUAUGGUGGGCCUGCUGCUGGGCCUACUGGUUGGAGUGGCUUCACUGGUGGUUAUGGAGGAGUUCUACCACCCCAGAACAGUGUGGGUUCCUCUGGGUAUUCUCCUGGGUUCUGGGACGCUAUUUGCCGUCCUCACUCUUCAGUGGCAGCGCUGCUUCGUCACCCUCUCCACCGCCACAUUCGGCUCUGCCAUCAUUACUGUCACCGUGGAUUACUUUAUAGAGCUGUUCGCCUUGGUCCACUACGUCUACGAGAGAAUCAGGGUGGCACCAAAGAAGCCAGUGUGCUGGUUUACUUGGGUUAUCUUGGGGGUGUGGCCUGUCCUGGCCCUCCUCGGAGUACUGAUCCAAUGGAAAGUCACUGCAGAGGGAUUUUCUCACACAGAGGUGGUUUUGAGUCGACAGCAACGGAGGGUCCAGCUCAUGCGGAUCCGACAGCGGGAAGAGAGGCUUAAAAAGGAAAAGGAGAACAAGAAGAAGAAAAAACGAGAAAACCAUAAGACCAACCAUAAGCAGAAAGCCCACACCAAUCGCCACCUCCAGCAGUACCAUCACCCAACGGCCUCCCAUCCUCAUCACCAAGCUCAGAGCUCUCAGCCACCUAAAGUCCCUCCUCCUCAGACUGAACCCGGCUACCAUCGCAAGGCCAACCCUAAAAGGCGCUUUGACGGAGAUGUGCUGUCACCGAGCUACAUCAGCAGUUUCAGGGACAGACAAACAGACAGACGAGCGUACUCCCACAGUCGAAUGAUAAGCCGCUCCCGGAUGGCCGAACUUGACUACGACUGCGGCUCUCGAGUGCCCCUCACGGCUCCCAGUGGACCCCCAGCACGCAUCUGAGACGGAGAAAUGCACACCCACACACACAACCUCACACACAAUCACACAAGGCUACUUCAAACCUUGUUGUCACAGUUAGGGAUAGAAAACCUAGCCCUACUGUGCCAACCUAAUCAACGGCUUACAGGAACUCAAUAUGUCCCCACACUGGUUUUCUCCUCUCAGACCUGUAAGAAGUUGUAUUUAUUUGGCCAGUUUGGUCAUGUUUUGUUUUUUAUGAAUGUCAAGCCACAAGAGCAGAGAAUCUUCUUUUGGAGGAAAUAAAAACUGAUUGUUUGGUCACAUCUCAAACACGAGUUAUUACGUACUGUAUCUUUUCAACUUCUUACGUUACCAUACUGGUCUGGGGGACACUGGAAAAAUAGACCUGUCUGGUAGGGAGUUGAUGAAAAUAUUUUAUUUAAAGAAUCUUCUGGUUGCUUCAAUCACUAAGAUGUUUUCUCUCGGACUGCAGUGGAGGAAGCCAUCAGAACGCAACUUUCUCCACAGGAGCGCUGCAUUAUUUAAAAAACAAAUGCAUUACCUGGCUUUCAUGCAGUCAAGGUAGCACAGCCUUCAAAAAAAGCUUCCACAAUAUUUAAGUUCAAGGGUUAUUUUUUGGCAUUUUAGGCCUUUAUUUGAUAGGAAAGCUUAGACAUUUGGAAUCAAACCUGCGGCCACUGCGGCAAAGACUGAGCCUCUGUACAUGGGGUGCAUGCUCUACCAGGUGUGCUACCCAGUUGCCCCCCAGUUUAAGGGUUAUUAAGGAGGAAAUUAUUUGCUUCAAGGAUUCCUUGAAGAAGAACAACAACAAAACGGCAGCUCUUUAUUUUUCUUCACUGAAAGGUCAUGUGUGAAGUACAUGAAGUCAGCCAGGUAUCUUCACUGAUACCCUGUCAAUCCAGACAUGGCAGCACAAGAAUUCUGCUGCUUUAAAAAGAAGAAAAACGGGCUACUUUUAGGAUGCAUAGGCUCAGAGGCUGAAUUUUUUUGUUAUUUCACCCAUGAACCCUCCAUGUGUCAUUGCCUACACUGGUGCCAUUUUCCAAGGGGAAUCUCAUAACUCUCCUUUUGCCCUCCAUCACCAGCUGUUUUACCACACGGAUCUGAGCAGGGGACACAUCUGUACCUCCCCUCUUCUUUCCCCUAUCCACUGAAUUUAAAACGUUUUUUUAAGCUGCUAUAUGUCAUGAUCUUUGUUGACAUGUUUUUAAGUGCUCUCAUGUCCCUUUUGCUGUUCUUACUCGAAUAGAAAUCUUAUAUUUGUCAAUUAUUUGUCUAAAUAUGCUUUUAAGGCACAAAGACAAUACAUUGCUAUCUGAUACUGGUCAUACAUGGCAGAGUUAAAUGCAGUAUGUUUGUGAGUGGAGUGGACACAGGAGCCCUGUGGCAAGUGAUGGACUGCACCAAAUUUUGGCCAAGGAGAGGGGGUUUCAUUGUAAUGUAUGUAAAAUAUGCUGUAUUGUUUUUCAUCUUUUUUGCCAAUUUACUGGUCCGAUUAAAGAUGUGAAUCUUAUAGUUUGGAUGCAGUGUUAAGUGAUGAGAAGGAGAGGGAGGAAGAUAAUCUCCUGUAAAUGAUAAGACAGUGAAAAGAUGAAAUCGUUUGCAAAUGGUGCCCUCUAAUGUUUACUACUGGACCUUUAUUUUCCUAGACUGUUUAUGUGUGCAUAUGUUUGUGUGUUAUACGCAUCUGCAUAUGAGUUGAACAUUGAUAUUGUUGUACUGAACAUCCAGAGAGGGGAAGGGAGUUAGAUUUGUACAGGAAGGAACAAAGGAACUAUUUUUUUUUGUUUUAUUUGAACCUCUUUGAAAUUGACAAUAAACACCAACACUACCAAUGUUACAAUUCCCACAUUCGUAUUGUGUUUUAUGUCAAUUUUUGGAGAUUUUACAUUUGAGGUUUAGAUAAACAAAAACAUUCCACGGUACUGUACUUAAGAUGGGAUGUGACAGGUUUAGCACUAGAGGACCAAUCAUUACCACCUUAACCCAUACUGCAUGAGAAUCCUGGUGUAACUGUUUCCAAUGUGUCAGUAUUUUAGUGUGUCCCUGUUGUCAUGUGAAAACCUCAGAUUUCCAGUUAUAGUUUGUUGGUCCCGGGCUGCACAAAAUACAAACCACGUUGACUGAAUAAAGUACAAACUCUUCUUUUCUUUUCUUUUCUUUUCUUUUCUUUUCUUUUCUUUUCUUUUCUUUUCUUUUCUUCUCUUCUCUUCUCUCGCCACGCUGUCCAGGUAAAUGGCUUUGAGAAGACAGUAAAACAAUUUCCCUCCUAUUGGUAUACUUUAUGCUAAGUCAUCUUCUAAUGUACUGUAUCAUUGUUAUCACUGUACCAAUCAUGUUUUGCAGUAGUGGAUGUUAAAGUGUUAUUCAGGCUUUUGCUUACACUUUAGUCCGGUUUGGGUCUUCUUUUAAGGUUUUAUGGUCAAGCGCUUUUAACAUCACAAAUUUACAAAAUGGUAAUUUGAAACCGCCAUUCUUGUGUUUGGGGACAACAUGAACUAUUAGAAUUAAAUUGUCAGUUAUUUUUAUUAGUUUUUUUUUUAUUUAUUUUUGUUUUCAUUGUUUUUUGUGAUUGCCUGUCACCGAUGAAUAUACGUGAGGAAACACUUGUAGAUAUUGAACUGUAAAUGAUUUUAAAAUGUACAAACAUUUUCUUUUAUUUUCAUGUUUACACCAUGAUCACUUAUGUCAUUUAUCCAGCUGAUUAUCAGACCUGUUUUAUAUUGCGUUACUACGUUACUACGUUAUUACCACUAUGUCCAAUUGGUUUUAUUUGGCUGGGUGUGGGAAGCGCUACUAUCAUUCUCAUCCUGCUGUUUCAACAUGUAACGUUGCAAAUCAGCAAACAAACUGAGCCGGGACUCUGAUUAUCAUCUACCGUCAGUAAUUCAUUAGUUGACCCAAGUUUUUAAAAGAAUUCAACAAUUCAUUUUCCUUCCAUGCUGUUUAAAUGUGUACAAAUCGCAUUAUUAUUAUUAUUAUUAUUGAUAGCAUGAAUUUAUAUGGACCUAAAAUAUGAUAAACAUUGUGAUUCUACAAU